UGACUCAUGCCAUUUGACAAAGAUGCAAUUUAGCAGUGAGCUUUACGGAGGGGGUAGAGAGACGGGGAAAAUACUGAUGUGAGAGCGUGUCUCUGGAAGAUAAAGAUAGAAACCCAUUGAAAAGCGCGGGCUGGAUUAAGCUUCUGCUUCGGCUGUGAAACGAGUAGAGAGGAGGGGGAGGACGAGAAGCAGGAGAAAGCUCAUUGUGGGUCGACGGGCGAGGGAGAGAAAGAAAGGGAGAGAGAGAUGGGGGUUUAUUUUAUUUCAUAAUAUGGUAUUUCCAAAGAGCAGCAUCACAGCGAGCGCGGGGUGAAGGAGGGCAGAAUGCAGCAGAAACAGGAUUCUCAGAGCCGAGCCCCGGGCAGCUUUGGGAAGGCUCACCCGGCGCUCAAAGCCUUCAUGUGCGGCUCUCUCAGCGGCACCUGCUCCACGCUGCUCUUCCAGCCUUUAGAUCUGGUCAAGACUCGACUACAGACCCUGCAGAACAACGCCAAGCCGGGCGCUCCAAAGGUGGGGAUGUUCAAGGUUUUCAUCACUGUCAUAAGGACGGAGAACUUCUUCAGUCUGUGGAAGGGAGUUUCACCGUCGUUUGUGCGCUGCAUCCCCGGGGUGGGGAUCUACUUCAGCACCUUCUACUCCCUGAAGCAGCACUUCUUCCUGGACCAGGCGCCCAACGCCGGGGAGGCCGUUCUGCUCGGAGCGGGCGCCAGAACCGUGGCCGGCGUCUCCAUGCUGCCGUUCACUGUCAUCAAGACCCGCUUUGAGAGCGGCUGUUACAACUACGUGAGCGUGGCCGGCGCCCUGAGGAGCGUGUACGAGACGGAGGGACUCAGGGCUCUGUUCUCGGGCCUGACCGCAACGCUGCUCCGGGACGCUCCGUUCUCCGGCAUCUACGUCAUGUUCUACAGCCAGGCCAAGAAGACGCUGCCUCAAGAGGUCGCUUCGUCGGCCUACGCCCCGCUGGUCAACUUCGGCUGUGGGAUGGUUGCCGGCGUCAUGGCGUCAUUGGUCACACAGCCUGCAGACGUGGUGAAGACCCACAUUCAGAUCAGCCCGUCCCACUGGAGCAUGGCGGACGCUAUCCGCUACAUCUACAAGGAGAACGGCGUGGCUGGGUUUUUCCGCGGGGCCGUACCCAGGUCUCUGCGACGCACUCUCAUGGCCGCCAUGGCUUGGACUGUCUACGAACAGCUGAUGGCUCGAAUGGGCCUCAAAUCCUGAAGAGCCGUGACGAGACCGAGACCGGAUACGUCUGAGUUUGUGACUGACAGAAGUUUCUCACUGGAAGUCCUGAAAGUGAAAGUGAACGAGGGAGUCGAGGAGGAGCAGCAAAACCAAGAACUUAGAAAAGAGGAACCAGGUGUGUGUGUGUGUGUGUGUGUGUGUGUGUGUGUGUGUGUGUGUGUGUGUGUGUGUGUGUGUGUGUGUGU